AUGAGGGAAGAAAACCAGUCUUCUACCCUGGAAUUCAUCCUCCUGGGAGUUACAGGUCAGCAGGAACAGGAAGAUUUCUUCUUUGUCUUCUUCCUCUUCAUUUACCCCAUCACAUUGCUUGGAAAUGUGCUCAUCAUCUUGGCCAUUCACUCUGACAUUCACCUUCACAACCCCAUGUAUUUUUUCCUUGCCAACCUCUCUUUGGUUGACAUCUUCUUCUCAUCUGUAACCAUCCCUAAGAUGCUGGCUAACCAUCUCUUGGGCAGCAAAUCCAUAUCCUUUGGGGGAUGUCUAACACAGAUGUAUUUCAUGAUAGCUUUGGGAAACACAGACAGCUAUAUUUUGGCUGCAAUGGCAUAUGAUCAUGCUGUGGCCAUCAGCCGCCCACUUCACUACACAACAACUAUGAGUCCACGGUCCUGUAUCCUGCUAGUUGUUGGGUCUUGGAUGGUUGGGAAUGCCAAUGCCCUCCCCCACACUCUGCUCACAGCUAGUCUGUCCUUCUGUGGCAACCACAACGUGGCCAACUUCUACUGUGAUAUUACCCCUUUGCUCAAGCUGUCCUGUUCUGACAUCCACUUUAAUGUGAAGAUAAUGUACCUGGGGGUUGGCAUUUUCUCUGUGCCAUUAUUAUGCAUCAUUAUUUCUUAUAUUCAGGUCUUUUCCACAGUCUUGAGGGUCCCAUCCACCAAGGGUGUGCUCAAAGCUUUCUCCACCUGUGGUUCUCACCUCACAGUUGUUUCUUUGUAUUAUGGGACAGUCAUGGGCAUGUAUUUCCGCCCUCUGACCAGUUACAGACUAAAAGAUGCAGUGAUAACUGUGAUGUACAUGGCAGUGACCCCAAUAUUAAAUCCUUUCAUCUAUAGUCUGAGAAAUCGGGACAUGAAGGCUGCCCUGCGGAAACUCUUCAGCAAGAGGAUCUCCUCAUGA